AGAUGUUUUCUUUGAACUAGCCAUCAUGUUCGGCUAGUCUUUUAUAGUUUUAACAUUAGGGUUUAUUUUCUUUGAUUUGGUUCACAACCUUAUGUGAAACGGUUAUGUUAGAUCCGAUUAUUUUAGUGGUUUGUUUAUAUGAUUCUUGUUUAUACACGGAUUUGAUCCGGAAAAUAUUAGAUUGUUAAUAAACCUGAUCAACUUAUUAAUUUUUCUAAUAUAGUUCAAUCAAUUUUUAGAACCCUAAUAAAGUUUUAAUUUUUGACGCAAGGAACAAAUAAUAUUUUGAGUUUGUCUAUGAACCCAAAAUUAUUAUAGAAUCAUACAAUAUAAUUAGACACUCCGAACGGCGUGAGUGUUUGAUUGUAACUGAUACUUCUAUCACGCAACCCGCACGCUAAAAUCCGAACGGCGUGAGUUUAGAGUAGCGGGUUGGCUCUAAUCAACGAACGGCGUUUGGUUAGACAUUAGAUAGAGUGGAUGUCCGAACUGCGUGACGUCUAGUGUCGAUACAAACUAUUAUUUAAAAAGGAUCAUUGCACCGUGACCGUUAAUGAUCGUAAGUCGAACCGAAUCAAGAAAUUGCCCUAGUGUUGAAAUUAGUUUUUAACAUCUGAAUUUUCGUACCACUUUAAUUAGCUUUUAUUUUUAAUCUAAAAAUUAAAAAUUGUUUUUUUUACAUUAUAGUUUAAACUUAAAACCCCCCUUUUAAAACAACCGUAUCUGUGUUUAAAACGUUUUGGCAUAAUCCGUUAAUCUGUAUCCCUGUGGACACGAACUCUACUUCCACUCAUACUAGUAGGUUUCUUAUUAUUUUAUUUGCUGGAUUCGACACCCAACAAAAACCAAACAGAGACUAACUAUGUAAUUAACUAUUUUUUAACCAACUCUUUUUAUUGUAAUAAAUAUAACUAGCUAAAAGUUGAGGGUGAAAGUGGUCAUAUUUGACAAAUUACAAUAGUUAUUAAAUAAGCCAACUAUAAGAACCAAUCCCAAAUAAAUUUUUAAAUUAAGAUCAGGAACAAACAUAUAUGACGGAAAAAGGAGAAAAACAAGUGGGUGAAAUGCAAUCCCCUCUUCUCAGCCCAUACAAAAUGGGUAAAUUUAAGCUCGCUCACAGAGUUGUUUUGGCACCUCUAUCAAGGGGAGGAUCCUUUGGAAAUAUCCCACAACCACAUGGCGGCAUCUUCCAUUAUUCCCAAAGAACAACCAAAGGAGGUCUUCUGAUUUCUGAAGCCACAGGUGUUUCCAACACUGCCCAAUGGAGUAGAGAGACACCAGGCAUAUGGAGCCAGAAUCAAGUAGAGGCAUGGAAACCUAUUGUGGAUGCUGUUCAUGAAAAAGGUGGAAUCUUUUUUUGUCAACUUUGGCAUGUCGGAAGGAAGCUAAAAACAGAAGAAAUUCCUCUUGUUGUUGAUGAAUUUAGAGUUGCUGCAAGAAAUUCAAUUGAAGCUGGUUUUGAUGGUGUUGAGAUCCAUGGUGCCUAUGGUUAUCUAAUGGACCAAUUUUUGAAAGCCAAAACAAACAACCGGACAGACCAAUACGGUGGCUCUCUAGAAAACCGUUGCAGACUGGCUCUAGAAAUAGUAGAUGCUAUUGUGAAAGAGAUAGGAGCAGACAAAGUUGGGAUAAGACUUUCACCAUUUUCAGAUAACUCAAAUCCAAAUGCCUUAGGCCUUUACAUGGCCAGAUCUUUGAAUGCAUAUAAUAUUCUUUAUUGCCAUAUGAUCCAACCAAGGAUGAAGUAUUUAGGUAAGAAAGUUGAUCGCCCUCAAAGUCUUGUGCCGAUGAGAAAAGCAUUCAAUGGCACUUUUAUAUCGGCUGGAGAGUAUGAUAUGGAAAGUGGUAACAAUGCUGUGGCUACAAACCAAACCGAUCUUGUUGCUUAUGGUCGUUUGUUUUUGGCAAAUCCUGAUUUGCCUAAAAGAUUUGAGCUUAAUGCACCACUUAACAAGUACGAGUUUUAAGAAAAUGAAGAUCAUGGGAUUCUCGGCUACUCAUGGGAAAUAUAAUAUAUUUGACGGGGAGUUGUAUAAAUAUCGAUCGUUUCCUAAACUAGUGUAAAACAAAUUUAGAUAUUAUAUAAAUAUCAUAUAUGUUGAUCGGUUC